GUUGCUGCCCCGGUGGAGGAGAGGGAUGAGAAGGUUGUCGGAGGGUAUGAGUGCCCUGCCCACUCCGUGCCCUACCAAGUGUCUCUGAACGCUGGCUACCAUUUCUGCGGUGGCUCCCUGAUCUCCAGCCAGUGGGUGGUGUCUGCUGCCCACUGCCACAAGUCUCGUAUCCAGGUGCGUCUGGGUGAGCACAACAUCCAGCAGAAUGAGGUCACUGAGCAGUGGAUCGACUCCGCCAAGCUAAUCAAGCACCCGAACUACGACAGUUACACCCUGGACAACGACAUCAUGCUGAUCAAGCUGAGCAAGCCUGCCAUCCUCAACAGCUACGUCCAGACUGUGGCCCUGCCCUCCCGCUGCCCCCAGGCCGACGAGAACUGCCUGGUGUCCGGCUGGGGCAACACCAUCCCCAAUGGAAACAGCUUUCCUACUAAACUCCAGUGCCUGAGGCAGCCCAUCAUCGAUCACAGAAUCUGCGAGAAUGCUUACCCCCAUCUGUUCACAGAGAACAUGGUAUGUUCCGGAUUCAUGCACGGAGGAGCCAGCAGCUGUCAGGGGGAUUCCGGAGGACCCCUGGUGUGUAAUGGUCAGCUGCAGGGUGUGGUGUCCUGGGGUUACGAGUGUGCCCAGGAGGGACACCCCAGUGUCUAUGCCCGCGUUUGCCAAUACAACAACUGGAUCAGCAAUAUCAUGAGCAGCAACUAAACACAAAUACACAGUGUUGUACACACACACAUGUACUGUAAUGCUCAGACACUCAUUCAAGGUCACACUAACUAUGCCAAUCAGAAACAU